AUGAGACUGGUCGUCACUAUCACAUUCGUUUUCUACCGUGUCACUUCUUCGCUUUCAGCCCUCUUCCUCUUGUUCUUGUCUGGAAUUGGCUUCUGCUUCCUUGUACCUCUGAUCUUCUCACACUUGAUCCCGAGAAAGACAACUACAAUGAGCCAAAAGCCAGAGCACAACCCUGCCACGAGGCAGACUCAGUCUACAACCGCAGAGCUCGUUGACCCUGUGACUUCCCUGCGCCUCCCCAAGCCUGGAGGUUGUCCGCACGCCGGUGCCGCCGCAGCAGCAUCACAGACACACUCCUCGACCCAAAUCAGCUCUGGUCUUUCCACGAACACCUCAGAGGCAAAGAGCGAUAAUCCAGCCCUGAUCUUCAACAACAACGCUGCUGCCACUGCUCCUGGUGCUGACGAAGUAAUCGAACAUGUCUACAUCCAUAUCCACAGGCCGAGAUCCUUCCGCGCAUAUCACUACUUCGACGCCGCCUACCCGGACCACUCGCUGCGUGUCGCAUACUCGGACGACCCGCGCUAUCCCGCCGGCGAGUAUCCCGAGGGCGCGUACCCGACCGACGCGCGUCCUCGAAGGGGCCGAGUGGAUUCAGACUCCGAGCUGGAGUUUGAGUUUGAGUCCGAGUCCGAGCAGCGCGACGGUCACGAUGACGAAUCCGAGGGCGAGAACGAGGAUGUGGACUACGGCGAAGGCCAUGACGAGGCCUACGACGAAGAUCUAGAUCCCCGCGUGGAUUUUCUCUUCGAUGGUGAUGAAGACGGUGGUGCACCCCAUGAGGACUGGGACUGGGACUGGGAGGGAAACACGGACGAGGCUGUGGACCGAGAGGACCCGGACACAGGCGUGGACGAUAUCAAGGGCUCAGAGACGGAGACAGAGACAGAUGCAGCUGCGGCUACGGCUACGGCUACCGCUCCAACCCAUGGAGGAGCCAGACAUCGGUGCGAGGCAAGAGAGAUGAAUCUUCCCUACCAUGUCCAUGUCCGCCAUGAUGACGCUCGUCACGCGACGACGGCAAAUCUCGUGCGGCGGCGGACACUGUUGAUGACGACAGCGAGCGUAUGCGUCGGGUUGAUAUACGCGUGGAACUGGUCUCUGAACAGACAGACCUAG